CUCAUGGCACCUGUUGCUCUAGUAAGUGGAGUGGGUGGAGUUUGGCCCCCCACCGCCUUCCACGUGUGGAGCUUCAGGUGGACUUUAGCCGAGAAGACCUGGAAGGGCAGCCUCAGUCAGAGCAGGGAGGACCCAGCUUUGGACUCCCCUGUGGGCCUGGGAGAGGCCUUGGUCUCAGAUUGGGAGCCUGGUGAACAACCUGCCAUGGAGAAGCUCCCACCAGACUCCCAUCUUCUUCCAGGGUUGGAUAGGAGAGGGGGACUUUGGGGAUAGCAGGAAGGCCAAUUGCUCGGGGCUUGCUGGUGUUCUGCACAGGUGAAUUAUGAAGGAGAGCCUUAAUAAUUUUCGUGGCGAUGUGUGGCCCAUCCCUGACGGUCCCUCACUUGCUUGAGUCAGUGAUAGCUGAGCUAUUGGCUAGAGGAAGUGGAGGGGCUCUGGGAUGCGGAGAGCCGAGGGCUAACUCCAGGACAGCGGAACAGAGAGAGCUGCCGACAGUCAGAUGCAGGCUGAGGAGCUCUCACCUCCCAGAAUGACCAGUGCAGCCUCGGCUAAGAAACCGUACCGUAAGGCACCACCUGAGCAUCGGGAGUUGCGGCUGGAGGUUCCAGGAUCCCGGCUGGAGCAGGAGGAGCCCCUGACUGAUGCGGAGAGGAUGAAGCUUUUGCAACAGGAGAAUGAGGAGCUCCGCAGGCGCCUGGCCUCGGCCACCAGACGCACUGAGGCCCUGGAGCGCGAGCUGGAGAUUGGGCAGGACUGCUUGGAGCUGGAGCUGGGUCAGAGCCGCGAGGAGCUGGACAAGUUUAAGGACAAGUUCCGCAGGCUUCAGAAUAGUUACACGGCCUCUCAGAGGACCAACCAGGAGCUGGAGGACAAGCUGCACACUCUGGCCUCUCUUAGCCACAGCUGGAUCUUUGCAAUUAAGAAGGCCGAGAUGGAUAGGAAGACACUGGACUGGGAGAUCGUGGAGCUGACCAAUAAGCUGCUAGACGCCAAGAACACCAUCAACAAGCUGGAGGAGCUCAAUGAGCGGUACCGGCUGGACUGCAACCUGGCUGUGCAGCUCCUCAAGUGCAACAAGUCCCACUUCCGCAACCACAAGUUCGCUGAUCUACCCUGUGAGCUACAGGACAUGGUUCGGAAACAUCUGCACAGUGGUCAAGAAGCCGCCAGCCUAGGCCCCGCUGCUAGCCUGGCACCGGGGGCUGUGGUACCCACGUCGGUCAUUGCCCGUGUGUUAGAGAAGCCAGAGUCUCUCCUGCUCAAUUCAGCCCAGUCGGGCAGUGCCGGGCGCCCCUUGGCCGAGGAUGUCUUUGUGCACGUGGACAUGAGUGGGGGUGGCUCUGGUGACUCAGCUGGUCCCCCAGCCCUGGGCAGCCCCACCCCACAACCCAAUGGAGAAUGCCGCUCUCUGGGCACUUCUGGGGCUUCCCCAGAGGAGGAGUUAGCCCUGCCAGCCUUUGAGAAGCUGAGCCCCUACCCCACCCCAUCUCCACCACACCCGCUAUAUCCUGGCCGCAAGGUAAUAGAGUUCUCUGAGGAUAAGGUGCGAAUCCCCCGCAACAGCCCCCUGCCCAACUGCACGUACGCUACCCGCCAGGCUAUUUCCUUGAGCCUGGUGGAGGAGGGAAGUGAGCGGGCCCGCCCCAGCCCAGUGCCCAGCAGCCCUGCCUCAGCCCAGGCCUCGCCCCACCGUGAACCCAGCCCCCUCCCCCCAGCACUCCACGCCCCUGCCAGCUCUGAGGAGGACCUGCUAGCUAGCUGGCAGCGGGCAUUUGUGGACCGCACUCCACCUCCAGCUGCCGUGGCCCAGCGCACAGCCUUUGGACGGGACGCACUCCCUGACCUGCAGCGCCACUUUGCUCUUAGCCCCACUGACAGAGACGAGGAGGUUUUGGCACCUUCCCCACCUGGUGAGAGUGGGCUUUUGCUGCCAAUGGAAGCGGACUCUGGCCUUCCCAGGGAGGAAGAAGAGCUGAACCUGCCCAUCAGCCCUGAGGAAGAAUGCCAGAGUCUGCUGCCCAGUGACAGUGGCGCCGAGGAGGGCUCAGUCCCUUCUCAGGCUUCGGGCAGGGCCUGGGCACUCCCCAGCUCCAGCCGCCCCCAGCGCAGCCCCAAGAGGAUGGGGGUGCACCACCUGCACCGCAAGGACAGCCUGACCCAGGCCCAGGAGCAGGGCAACCUGCUCAACUAGGGCCCCUGUUGCCUUCCUGCCACUGCUGCAUGGGGCCCCCUGGAGGCCCCACCCCAGCACUCCCCCCUCAGGCCUGCACUGCUGUCUGCCCCUCUGCAGGGAGGGUCAGGUGGCGGCUACCCCGGGCCUUUAACUGCGUCCACUGACUGGUACCAGCUUGCCUCAUGGCUUUCCCCUUUUUCUUCUUGGAAUAUUUACUCCCCAAAGGUAACAUGCAGCUGGGGCUCAAGACCCUUCGUCAGCCCAAAUUGGGCUGUUGGGACCCUGAGGGGUCUGUUACAUCAGUGUUUAUCCUCCAUCCCCCUUUCAUACCCACAGACUGUUUUCUUGUUUCUUUGUUUUUCCAGGGGUGGGAGGGAGAUGUCGUUGGGAUUAUUAACCUCUAAUUUCUAUUUUCUGCCUGCUUUCCUCCCCUCAAGUCCUCUGUACGAGCUGUUGCCUUCAAGGGGCCCUUGGGGGAUGAGGGAGAGGACUCACUCAGGGCUCGCCUCCGCUGUGUCCAUCCUCCCUCUGGAAGGGAGGAGAGGGAGGGCCUCAAGGGCCUCAAGCUGGGCUCUGGGUGAGGCCUGGCCCCCUCCCAACCUUGGCUCUAGACUGUUACUCCCAGCUUUGGGACGUUUUCACAUCGAUGACUAUUUUAAAAUUAAAACUAUUU